CAGUCCCGUGAGAGCCACCGUGUCGCAAGGCAGCAACUCUCGGGAUCUCGCGCGACAGAACGUCCGAGACACAGCAAGAUAAGGUGGACCGCAACUCCGAGGCAAAGGAGGAAAAGGCACCAGCAUCUUCUGGCCUAGGCGACAACAUUCCGACAGCACAGACAGACAGGUCAGUCCGUGCCACAUACACCCCAUAGCAAGCAACCAAGCUCAGCUGGACUCAGCAGGGAACAUCAGCUCUGAGACCAUGAGCCAGGUUUGCCUCGAGACCCAGCAAUCUGACCAGCACACACAGGAACAGAGGGACCUGGAGCAGAGCAUGGCUGCACAAGAACAUGCAGCAGCUCCAGGAGAAAGGGAAUUGGUCCCGAUCUCCUCCCCUGCUUCCAGCCCAAGCCGCAGCCAGGCUCAGCUGGACUCAGAAGAGAACAUCAGCUCUGAGACCAUGAGCCAGGUUUGCCUCGAGACCCAGCAAUCUGACCAGCACACACAGGAACAGAGGGACCUGGAGCAGAGCAUGGCUGCACAAGAACAUGCAGCAGCUGCAGGAGAAAGGGAAUUGGUCCCGAUCUCUGCUCCACACAGUCCAAGCUGCUCCCCCAGCCCGGUAUCCAGCCCACUGCAAUCCCUUACCCUCAGCAAGCUUCUAGAGGAGGAGGAGGAGGCAGAGAGGGGCUCAGUCCGAUCAGAGCAAGAGGGUGAGGAGGCUGUAUUGGCUGGGGAGCUUGAGCUUUCCCAGUGUAAAGAUAAGAAAGUGACAGAGCUGCUCCGAGGAGAUGCAGGCAGCUACAAGGACAUGUCCCAGGGGGAAGCCUGUGGUGAGCAAGACCUGUCCCAAGUAGAAACCAGCAGCAAUCAUGAGCUCUCAGACUGGGAUGAUUACAACGAGCAAGAGCUGUCCAAAGGAGAAGCCAGGAGCACCGACAAAUUUUCUGACUGGGAAGAAUGCCUGGAGCAAGAGCUGUCCCUCCGAGAAGUUGUUGGGUCGCCAGCACUCUCUGAAUGGGAAGCGUACAGAGAGCAAGAGCUAUCACAAGAAGAUCUAGGUAGCUACCAAGAACCAUCGGACUGGGAGGAGUCCAUUGACCAACAAUGUGCCAGAGAGGAAGACUUCAGCAGCCUGGAGGUGCCCGAAGAGAACGGUAAUCUACCCUCCACACAGUCAAGCUUUGAAGAUUACCGUGACAGAGAGCUCAAGCAGGGCAACUGGCACAGUACGAGCGCACACAGCAUCACGGUCAAGCCCCUCCUGCCCGAGGACGACGACGGGGAUGGAGUGAGCCUCCUGGAGCUCCAUGAACAAGCCAGCGAGCGAACACAAGGAGGCUUUGCAGGAGAAGAGCUCCCAGUGCCCAAGCCUCGGGAGGCCUGGGGUGAGUGCCAGCCAGGCCCCCAUAGGAAACGACCCUCACGCGUGAGGCGGGCACUGCGGGCUCUGCGCAGACUGUGCUGCUGUCCCUGCCUCGCACCACAGCUCGAGGACUAGUGCCCGCUGCUGCCACCAGCACAGGCCCCACAGAUGACACCUGGCCUGCAGCCUACCCACCAUCCUGAGGCUUUAAGAUAGCAAUAACUAUCCAAAGAAGAUGAAGAAAUGGCAGUCGUAAAGAAGAAAUAAGACUAAAAAC